GCCCGCCAUUUCGAGCAGCAUCAGGGCGGGGUCGGCUCCGUUGGUCUGCCAUCUUGAGUGUGGCACUGACCCUUGUUUUACAUCAAAAACAGGAAUUGCUGGUGAAAAUUCAGCGGAGGGAAACAAAGCUUUCGCGUCAAAUCGAUUUGGACUCUUUUAGAACUGGAAAGGAGCGGAAAAUGGUGUUUUCGAUGCCGCUGAGGGAAGUGGAGGUGGAGCAAGUGGAACAAAUCAUAAGGGAACCCAGAGCAAAAGACGAUUGGCCCACAUGUGGAAACUUCCUCUCGGAGGGAAAGCUCUGAAAUUCUCCUGUCGGAAAUCUUCCAGAUGCAGGCUAAACAACCAGGACAAAGUCAGGAAGGUGCCAAGCGAAUUGUCAAUCCUUGCCAAAUCUCAGGCCAUCUCCUGCUGUUCACGCCUGAGCUGCUUUAUUAGUUGGAAGAUCUGUCACUCAUUAAGCAUGUAGCAACUUGAAGGGAGAGUGGGUUGUGCCUGAGUAACAAUAUAAAUUCAGAGGCACCUGCGAAAUAUUUUCAGACUGCCAACUUUGAGUGCCUGGUAGCAGCAGCUAUUCCUGAGUCUAUAUCACUUCGGGCAAUUUGAGCCUGUAUUGAAGACCUGUUCAGCAUGGACCAUAACAUACGCCUGAAUUAUCACAAGGACUGUGAGAGUGCUGUCAAUCGCAUGAUCAACAUGGAACUCUAUGCUUCCUACGUUUACCUCUCCAUGUCCUAUUACUUUGACCAAGGACCUGUGGCCCUGGACAACUUUAUGAGGUUCUUCAAGAAGCAGUCAGACAAGGAACGCGAACAAGCAGAGAAUCUGAUGAAAUUCCAGAAUCAACGAGGGGGCCGAAUCACCCUGCAAGAUAUCAAGAGACCUGAACAAGAUGACUGGGACAGUGGUCUGCAGGCAAUGCAGUGCGCUCUGCAGUUGGAGAAGAACAUUAACCAAACCCUACUGGAGCUGUACAAACUGUCCAAGGAUAGAAGUGACCCUCAUUUGUCUAACUUUCUGGAGACCCACUACUUGGAGAAGCAAGUCAAGACCAUCAAGAAACUUGGCGACCACAUCACCAACCUGCAUCGCUUAGGUGCCCCUCAGAAUAGCAUGGCUGAGUAUCUGUUCAACAAGCACACUUUGGGAGCAGAGUAGACAAUGGAAACACCAGUCUCCAAUACCCUCCAACUCUUGAAAGCGAUGGUAUCUACUUCUCAAAAAAAAUCCCCGGAGCUUGAAUAAAUAUUGUUUCACUCUAGAAUUUGUUUGUUAUCCAUUAGAAAACUGCCCACUGUUUAUCAAUUUAGUUUAGCGGCUAACAUUGCUGGAUUGCAAGCACUGUGCAUAAUUCCCUUCAUUGAAUAAUUAGGCCAGAAAAGCCCUCAUCCCAUUAACGAAUAAAAAAAAUCCUAGGCAGUAGAGUGAACAAAUUCCUGACUUUGACUGAAUAAGUAAUUGAGAAUAAUAACUCACUUUUUGGAGUAGCAAGAGACCAUGUAAUCCCUCCAGUGUUCUCUGCCAGUCAUAGAGUUAUAGAAACAUACAGCAUGGAAACAGACCCUUCAGUCCAACUUGUCCAUGUCGACCAGAUAUCCUAAAUUAAUCUAGUUCCAUUUGCCAGCAUUUGACCCAUAUCCCUCUAAACCCUUCCUGUUCAUCUAUCCAUCCAGAUGCCUUUUAAAAGCUGUAACUGUACCAGCCUCCACCACUUCCUCUGGCAGCUCAUCCCAUACACGCAUCACCCUCUGUGUGAAAAUGUUGUCCCUCUGGUCCUCUUUAUAUCUUUCCCCUCUCACUUUAGUUUUGGACUUCCCUAUACUGCAAAUAAGACCUUGGCUAUUCACUUUAUCCAUGCACCUCAUGAUUUUAUAAACAUCUAAAAGGUCAUGCCUCAGCCCCCGACGCUUCAGGGAAAAUAGCCAAUGUGAUUAUGGCUGAAUCUUCUACCUUCACUCCAUUUUCCAGGUGUUGUCCAAAUCUCCUGGAUUCCCUCAGUGUCCAAGACUUCAUCAAUAUCAAUCUCAAAUGUAUACGGUGACUGAGUUUCCAUAGCCCGCAGUUAUAGCUAAAACUGAAGGUGCAUACAUGCAGCUGCUCCCUCAAAACCUUACCUGGUGUCAAGGACAAAACUGCCAGCUGUUGCCUCCUGAAUGAGUCAAUGAAUCAGCUCAUCCUUUGUCGUCCUAUCCUACUAUAUCAGAAUUAAAUCAAAAUUGUUUUUUAAAGCAUAGAAUUUGAGUACUGGUGAAGAAAAGACUCUUGACAAAGCUUUUCAUCUUUUACUCAGCAGGGCAAUUCGCAAAGAUACCAAUUUAAAGGGGAAAACCAACAAAAGGAGAAUGCUGAUUAUUUGGCAAGUUAACUGCGAUGGAUAGAGGUGUUGCUAUGGGGAAUGCACUAGUUAAUGUGAUUGGCAGUUAACAACCAGGCUUCGUUUGACUUUUACACCAAAAUAGGUGACAACUCUUUGCAAAUUCAAAUCUGAGUGACCAAUCAGAUGCAACCUGCCUGGUUCAAAAUUUAAACAGAGCCUGGCAGUUAACCCCCAGUCAUCAUUAACCAGGAUGUGGAGACAACAGUGUUGGACUGCGGUGGACAAAGUCAGAGGUCACAUGACACCAGGUUUUAGUUCAACAGGUUUACUUGAAAUCACAAGCUUUCAAAGCCCUCUAUCAAUAAACGUCCACUUGCCAACCAAUUAGUAAUCUCUUCUCACACAGCAAAAAUGUUGAUUUUCCUUUCAAAUUCGUAUUUCUUGCAAAUUGUCCUGUUGAGUGCAAGAUACAAAGCAUUGAGAAAAUGUAUCCUUUUGCAGCAACCAAUAAAAAUUGUAACACAGCCACAGACCUUCAACUGAGAUUGAGAAUCUCCAGCAGAAUCCAGACUCUACUCCCCUUUCUCUCCCACCACCACCCCCCACCCCUCAAGUGAUUUCCAGGGAUCUGGGGCAGCUCCAUUUCUGCAGUACAAGCUUAAGUUGGUAACUUAUCAAAUUAGCACUGUGGAAAUCAGCUGACGUGCAGGACCCAAUUCUGAGCAUGCCUUGUAAAUUAAGCAAUUGGAAAUUGCGCUCCUGCUUUUAUGCAGUUUUAUCAAUCCAGAUUGUUCGAGAACUAUGUAAAAUUGGAAUGUCAGUUUUGUGAGAAAUCCCUAACCUUUCAAUCACUGAUGGAGCACUCUGCCAUUGCAUGUAAUUCAAUACUUAGUCAAUAAAACCAGAUCAUGCACAAUGUUGUUAUAGAAUUCUAUCGCUGUAAAUGGUCUUGGCUUAAUUGUCUCUCAGUGGCUUGAUAAGGUAGAAUUUCUCCCAGGUGAAAUUUCACUGCGAUUACUUAACACUCUCAUGAAUCAUAGCAUUGUACAUGACUUUAACAAAUUUGUUUAACCUGUGAAAUAGGGGACCGUCUCUGAUGGAUCAUGGGAUUGAAGUGAUAUGGGGGAAAUCGGGUGGGAAUGUGGAAUUGAAGCCCAAGACCAGCCAUGAUCAUAUUAGAUGGUGGAGUAGGCUUGUUGGGCUGAAUGGUCUCCAGCUGCAUAUUUUAUCCCAUGACUGUAAGCUGCAUGGUACAAGGUGCAAGCAAGUGGAGAUCACAUACA